AUGAAACAGCGUCCGAGAGCGUUCCAGUUUAAUGAUCGAUAUCUUAUUGAUAUUCAUGAGCAUGUGUACUCAUGUCAGUUUGGUACGUUUAUUGGGAAUUGCGAAAAGGAUAGAAAGGAUUUGCACAUAGAGAAGAGAACGAAGUCAUUGUGGACAUAUUUGGAUCAUCGUCAGGAUGAUUAUCUCAAUCCAUUCUACGAGGUAAGUGCUUAUCAGUGCAAAGGGAAUAGGUUUUGGUUAGAGUGA